AUGUCACCCCUUUUCCCCCCGCCUCUUCCAACCCGCUCCUAUUCCGCGCCCCUCCUCUGCGCCCCUCCCCCACGCCCGUCCUCCGCGCCCCUUCUUCCGCGUCUAUCUCGUCUCCUCGUGCCGCAUUCCAUUGGCAGUAGCGCCACACGAGCACCGUCACACGCUGCAGACCGUCCAUCCAAUGCCGCCCAUGCUCCAUCCUAUGCCGCCCUGGAGCAGGACAUUUGCUGGUCAUCAGAACCCGUUGUUACCAGCAGCAUACGACCACAAGCAGCAACAGGAGAAGCAGCAGCAGCAGCAACAACAGGUGGGGUGGUGGUGGACGGGAGGGGUUGCAGCCGCUGCGUGCGGGGCGAGCAGUGCAGCUUUCACGUGUGGGUGCGCCCGCCUGCUCGCUGGGUGCUGCCCCCUGUGGCCCCUGCGAGCAGUGAACAGGAGAACGGCGCAGAAAGGGGGAAUAAAGGAGAGGGGGAGAGCAGCAGCGGCAGCAGCAUGGAGCCCAGCUGGUGGAAGAAGGAUGUGACGCUGUCUCUGCUGGGGCCUGCCCUGGGCCACGGGGAGGUGCAGUGCCUCGACCCCCCUGCCUGUUCGCACCUCCGCAUCUCCUACCGCCUGUGGGAUGCGGGGACAUACAGUGCAACACUCCACGUGGGUUGCGCCAAUCUCAACUUCUCACCGGCCUUUGCCGCCCAUUUCAACUCCACCUACCGCCAUGACCUUGCCACGUGGAGCCUCUCCAUUGGCUGGCCAGAAUCAGUUUCCCAGAAGGUUCCUGGCUCUGCAGAUGCUGCCUCUCCCAGCAAGCUACCCUCUCCCUGUGCACUCUCCUCCAUCCCCGGUCGGUGGACCAAGGCACGCAGUGGCAAGUACAUUCCACCAGCAAAUGAACGGCUGGGAUUGUGCUUUCUGCUGCAUGCACUGCUGCAUCCCUGGGUGGUGGCAGAAGGCACACAGCAGCAAGUUCAUGUGAUCUGGGCCUUCUUCCCAUGCGCACCAGCAGCGUCACCUCCCAGCCGUUGGAUCGAGCAGCUGGCAAGCAGGGGAAUCCGCGAGAUCAACAUAGUGGGCGAUUCCCACCAGCGGGUGCUGGCGCUGCACCUGCACUGGCUGCUGUCGGGGGAGGCGGACAAGCGGAUUCGAAAGGGGCAUUUAGACUUCAGCAAGGAGUCGCGGAAUGAGAGGAACGAGACGAUGAGGAUCAACUUCUACUGGGUGGAUGGGAUUUACCGGAAUGAUGAGUUUGGAUGCAGGUGCGUGUGGCGCUGGGUGGAUGGGAGGGUUGUCUCCGGUGAGGGAGGAAUAGGUGGAGGAAUGAGAUGA